AUGUAUACAGAAUCGAAUGGAGCUUCUUUUGGUGAUGUACCAUAACCUGAAUAUUUUUAAAAAUUUUUAGUUGGAUAGAAUCUAGUUGAUUCAUCAACAUCAUUUGCAAGACUAAAUAGCAAGACAGUGACAGAAAGAAGUAUUCGGGAAUCUUUUUUAGAAGAACAAAAUUAUGAAGUCAUCCUUCAAUAGAUGAUGGCUUGUAAUAUAAGAUUGAUGGAUGAGAUUUCCAAAUGUUAAGUAACUGUGAUCGAAUUCAUCAGCAGAACCUUGAAAUCCAGGUUCAGUAGUUACAACGAAAGAAUUCCGAAUUAGCCACUUAAAUUCAGCAUUUACAAGACACUAAUGCCAAGUUAUUACAUGAAUUAGACUCUUGUAAGAAAGAGAAACAAAAUCUUUAAGAAGAGAUUAAGAAAAUAGAAAGAGAGAAUAAGAAACUCUAUUUACCUGAACCUAAACUUAAAUAUAAUAAUUUAAUGGAUCUCAACAAAAUUUUAAUGAAUAAAACUGAGUCCUCAUUUUAAUUUUAUAAGGAUCAUAUGCUUUCAUCAAAAUUCAUUAGUCCAAAAGUACAUAAUUCAAAUCCCUUUAUUUAUACUACAAGACCUUAAAGUCCUUCAACUAGUGUAAGAUAGAGUACACCAACUAAAACAGAAAUUAAAUCACCAUUAUUAAUGUUUAAUAAUACUGUUAAUUCAUGGAGAGAUUCUUAAUAAAAUAGAAAUACUGUUGAAUUUAAAAAAUUUUAAAAAACAAUGGAAUAAUUAAUGAGAAAACCUAAGAAAAAUACUUGA